AUGGGGAAAACGUGUGUCGCUUACGGCUGUAGUAAUGUAAACAAGGAUGGCGUUUCAUUACACAGCUUCCCAAAUCCUACAACUGAAAAAGAGCGAUUUGACGAGUGGAACAGACAAGUGAAACGGACGCGUCUUCAUUGGACCGGCCCUCCGCUUCCCUAUCUGUCUGCUGCGUGGAGAUCCUGUGUUGUCUGCUCUGAGCACUUCACGUUGGACUCGUUUGAACACAUUAAUUCGGUGGCAGCGUCUUUGGGGUACAAGACACGGGCUACAUUAAAACCUGAUGCCAUCCCAACAGUCUUCAAACGAAAGAAGCCGAGCGAGGCUUCCCCGACUCCCGCAAGGACGGACAGACGCACACUUCUGACCCACAAGCUCGAACACCGGAGGAUGAUAAAUUCUCUCCUUAUUCCUGCCAUGGACCCUGUGCAUCCAUCAACAUCAGCGGGCUCCUCGAAUGAAGAUGAUGGCAUUGGCACCUUUACACCUUCACUUCAAGAUCAAUCCACACAAACCACAUUCAGAAACAAGUCAACGUACAGGAGCAAAGGAGUUUCAGUUCGACCCCGCCAGCGUUCCGUUUCCAUACAGUGUACUCUACCAUCCAAGAAGGCAUGUAGCUCGGAUUAUCCAAUUCAUAUUUUUGAAGUCCAUGAUGAGGAUGAGGAUUUCACCAUAGAGGAAGCUGAUGACCCUGAUUACAUCGCAGAUGAGCAGGACAUUAUUGAAGAGUCAGAAAGGAUUGAAUCAUGGCAGCCGGGAGAAAAAUUUUACUUGGUUUCAGAGAGCAGCCUUUUUGGGGACGGAAGAGCAGACAGUCCAGGGCACUCGGCAAAGUAUGGUACAUACACAGUAAUGGAGAGGAAAAGCAAAACAAUAAUUGCUUCCCAGCUUGUACAGUCAAAUGAAGUCACCUCAAGCGUAGCUAUGGAGAAAGAAGGUUUACUCCGAGCAUUAGAUCAGCUCAACAGAAAUGACGUUGUCAUCAAGGAGUUGGUUACAGAUAGGCAUCUAUCAAUUCGCAAAAUGAUGAGAGAAACAAAGCCUGAUAUAAAGCACAGUGUCGACGUCUGGCAUCUUGACAAAGGUUUAGGAAAGAAGCUUCUUGCAGUCAGUAAAGAGAGAGACUGUGGUCUUGUCAGUGAAUGGAAACAGUCCAUCUCAAAGCACAUCUAUUGGUGUGCCAAUAAUGGGGAUGACUCAAAAGCCUACACUAGACUCAUCGAGACAGUCUUCACCAACAAUGUUAUUAAAGACAUAAGACAGCUGUCUCCCAAUAGUGUCACAUCAGGUGUCGAAUCCUUUCACUCACUCCUCAAUCACUUUGCCCCAAAGAUGCUUCAUUUCAGCUACCAUGGUAUUGAGGCAAGAUAUCGUCUGGCCAUUUUGCACCACAAUGAAAAUGCAAACAGAAGUCAGGCAAAAACUAAGGAUGGACAGGAUAGAUACAAUUUGGUUUAUCCGAAAUUCAAGAAAGGGAGCCACACUCUAUGCAAAAUAUUUGAGGGAGCCACUUACAACUACAUUGAUCCGUUGAUGGCCUGUGUAUGUAAGCGUCUACUGGCUGGCGAGAAGUACUUGGCUGAGAACACGGUUCGACCUUUUCGGUUUCCCAAAAGUUACGCAGAGCUGAUUGCUGAUUGGCCGGUGGUGGUUCUGGGGGUGUGUACAGUGCUCAUUGUGGUCUGUGCUCUGGUGGGGAUCCUGGUUCCAGACCUGCCGGACUUCUCUGACCCCCUGCUGGGCUUCGAGCCUCGGGGGACGGAAAUCGGACAGAGGCUGGUCACAUGGAACAACAUGGUGAAAAACACGGGCUACAAAGCCACGCUGGCCAACUACCCGUACAAGUACGCCGAUGAGCAGGCCAAAAGUCACCAGGAGCCCCGCUGGUCUGAGGACCGUUACGGCCGCGACAAGAGACAAGCAGAGUGGGACUUCAGUAAAGACUACUUCUGCGACGUUCCAGGCGACCGUUACUCCAGACUAGUGUUUUCAUCAGCGGAGGGGAAGAACCUGUGGAAUACUCAGGCCAUCAAGUCCAUGUGUCACCUGGACAACACUAGAGUGAGGUCGCACAGAGACUAUUGGAGUCUGUGUCAGCGCACUAAUGACGCCUCCUGCUGCCCCAGCUGGACUCUGGGGAACUAUGUGGCUGUGCUAACGAACCAGACGUCCUGUUUGGAGAUUUCAGACCGAAAUGUGUCCCACACAUUGAAGAUCCUCCGCUCUUGUGCCAAAUACUACCACAACGGCACGCUGGGGCCAGACUGCUGGGACAUGGCCCUGCGGCGCAAAGAUCGGAAAUGUGCCAAUGUGCCACGGAAGUGCACAAAGUUCAACGCUGUGUACCAGAUCCUGCACUUUCUGGUGGACAAGGACUUCCUCAGCCCCAAGAGCCUGGACCACCCCCCUCCAGUGCUCAAAUACAGCAUGCUGUUCUCCCCCACAGAGAAAGGAGAGUCCAUGAUGAACAUUUACCUUGACAAUUUUGAAAACUGGAAUGCCUCAGAUGGCAUCACCACGGUUACAGGGAUUGAGUUUGGUAUCAAGCACGACUUAUUCCAGGACUACCUGCUCACGGACACAGUUUACCCGGCCAUUGCCAUAGUGAUCGUGCUUUUUGUGAUGUGUUUGUACACGCGGUCAGUGUUCAUCACACUCAUGACCAUCAUUGCCAUCAUCAGCUCGCUCAUCGUCUCUUACUUCCUGUAUCGCCUCGUCUUUAACUUUGAGUUCUUUCCCUUCAUGAAUCUCACGGCGCUCAUUAUCCUAGUGGGAAUCGGAGCUGACGAUGCCUUUGUUCUGUGUGACGUGUGGAACUACACAAAGUUUGAUAAGCCUCACGCAGACCUCUCAGAGAAGGUCAGUAUUACACUGCAGCACGCUGCACUCUCCAUGUUCGUCACCAGUUUCACCACAGCUGCUGCUUUCUACGCAAACUAUGUGAGUAACAUCACAGCCAUCCGCUGCUUUGGAGUUUACGCUGGCACUGCCAUCUUAGUCAACUACAUUUUGAUGGUGACGUGGCUGCCUGCGGUUGUGGUGCUGAAUGAGCGUUAUUUGCCCAAUCUAUUUUCCUGCUCCAAUCCUCCUCACCAUCAGAGGGCAGACUGUGUCACAGUGUGGGCUAAACUGUGUCAAAAGGUCAGUAAGUGCCUGUUCAUGCUGUCCGAGGCCUCGCGCAUAUUCUUCGAGAAGGUUCUGCCGUAUAUCGUCAUUAACCUGCGCUACCUGUGGCUGCUGUGGUUCCUGGCUCUUACAGUGGGCGGGGCUUAUGUGGUGUGUGUCAACCCAAAGAUGAAGCUGCCUUCUCUGGAGCUGGCCGAGUUUCAAGUGUUCCGCUCGUCUCACCCUUUUGAGCGCUACGACGUGGAGUACAAGAAGCUUUUUAUGUUUGAGAGAGUGCACCAUGGGGAGGACCUGCACAUGCCCAUCACCAUCAUCUGGGGCGUGACCCCGGUGGACAAAGGUGACCCCCUCAACCCCAAAAACAAGGGCAAGCUGAUGCUGGACGAUAGCUUCAACAUCGCCAGUCCAGCCGCACAGCUCUGGAUCCUCAACUUCUGCCAAAAACUCCGCAACCAGAGCUUUGUGUUUCAGUCUGAGGGACAGGACUUCACAAGCUGCUUCAUCGAGACAUUCAAACAGUGGAUGGAGAACCAUGACUGUGAGGAGGCCUCUGUGUACCCCUGCUGCAGUCAGUCCACAUUUCCUUACAAGCAGGAUGUCUUUGAGCUCUGCAUGAAGAGGGCCAUCAUGGAACUGGACCGCACCACAAACUACCACCUGGCCCGCAAGACGCCCGGCCCACGGUUUGACAUCAAUGACACCAUUCGAGCCAUCGUCCUGGAGUUUCAGAGCACCUACCUCUUCACACUAGCUUAUGAGAAGAUGUGCCAAUUUUAUCAAGAGGUGGACGCAUGGAUCAUGGAGGAGCUCCGCUCGGCCCCUGCAGGCUUAAGUCACGGCUGGUUCAUCAGUAACCUGGAGUUCUACGACCUGCAGGACAGCCUCUCAGGCGGCACUUUGGUUGCUAUGGCGUUGUCUGUUGCAGUGGCGUUUAGCGUGAUGUUGUUGACAACGUGGAACAUCAUCAUCAGCCUCUACGCCAUCCUGUCUAUCGCAGGGACCAUCUUUGUGACCGUGGGCUCUCUGGUGCUGCUGGGCUGGGAGCUGAACGUGCUGGAGUCCGUCACCAUCUCUGUGGCCGUGGGUUUGUCUGUGGACUUUGCUGUUCACUACGGAGUGGCAUAUCGUCUGGCUCCUGAGCCCGACCGUGAAGGAAAGGUGGUCUUCUCACUGUCCCGCAUGGGCUCUGCUAUUGCCAUGGCAGCACUCACCACCUUUGUGGCGGGGGCCAUGAUGAUGCCGUCCACAGUGCUGGCCUACACUCAGCUGGGCACCUUCAUGAUGCUCAUCAUGUGCAUCAGCUGGGCCUUCGCCACCUUCUUCUUCCAGUGUUUGUGCCGCUGCCUCGGCCCCCAGGGCUCCUGCGGACAGAUCCCCCUCCCUCGCUGCCUGCGCCUCCACACGCUCCCCCCUCCAGUGCCCGACAAAUACCAGCUGGACCCCAGUGUCCCGGCAGAGCACCACGAGCUCGAGCCACUUGCCUCAGGACCUAAAGAAAAGCUCCAAGACCCCCAGUCUAAUGGGUCCUCUCCAAGCAGCAGCUCCUACUACAGCACACCGCCCACCUGCCAGUACUGCUCCUGUGGAGAACGGACCCCCUGGACCCUCCAAACAGACCAGGACCCUCUUUAUACUCAGUAUGUCCAGUGUUCUCCCACCUCCCAGAAACCCCAGGGGCCAACAGGCUGCCCCAAUAGAAACCACUGCACCCCGCCAAAGCACCAGCCCCUGUCCACACCCCAGGACUCUCAGUGCACACCCCAGGACCCUCAGUGCACACCCCAGGACCUUCAGUGCACACCCCAGGACCCUCAGUGCGGCUCCCCCUCACACACACCCCUGGACAGUGGGCAGAGCAGUAAACGGACGAGUGUCCACAGUUCAUCUCUGGAGUCGCUUCGCUGUCAGAGCAGGACUGAGAACAAGUGCAAUUCCGAAGUACUCUUAUGUCGGCCCCGAGCAAAGGCCAGUUCCUGUCACAGCACACUCACAGCGCCCCCUACAGAGACUUUGUGUUAA